ACGUAUUUUAUUUUCUUUAUCGUAGAAAUCCCAUCUUCUCGCCUCCGCCCCCCUUACCGACCUCUUGUCAGUCUAUCAGCCGCUCCAUUAUCAUACAGAGUUUAAGGUUUAGGGUUAAGUAGGCCGCCCAUUCCUAAAUCAUUCAGGGUUCCUCAACUUCGCCGAGACUGAGGCAAGGUCGGUCAGAGGGGUUUUAUUUCGAUCUGGAGUGGAUGAUGCAAUCUGCUAAAACCCUAUCUCAAGCGCUGAUCACAAGAGGAACAAGUUCAAGAAGGGAACGUGUGAGGAUUCUUGAGAGUCAGGUUACUACCAAAUUCGUCAGCUUGCCAAGAACUAUGUCGAAAAGCUGUGCCCUCUCCACAAAAUUCGAUUUGAAUCACAGGAAUAAGGUAGCAGGAAGAGUGGAAUAUAUGCUUAGUGAAAAUGAUGCGGUAAUCAUUGUUGACCAUGGAUCCCGACGGCAAGAAUCUAAUGAUAUGCUAAAUGAGUUCGUUGCGAUGUUCAAAGCUAGAACAGGCUAUCAGAUAGUAGAGCCUGCUCAUAUGAAAAGAUUCAUUGAUGCCAAACUUUCUUCACUCUUGAUGCAAGAAAAGCAGGAAAUUGUUGACUCAUGUUGUUUCCACUUUACCAAACCAAUUCACUAUCUCUAUUUGCUCUCUGAAUUAGCUGAACCAUCAAUCAGUGAUGCAUUCAAAUUAUGUGUGCAAAAAGGAGCAACACGAGUUAUUGUUAGUCCUUUUUUCCUUUUCCCAGGACGGCACUGGCUUCAGGAUAUCCCAGCUUUAGUCACUGAUGCAUCCAAGUAUCAUUCUGGCAUAUCAUUUGUCAUAACUGCACCUCUUGGUCUACAUGAACUUAUGGUGGAUGUCAUGAACGAUCGGAUAAAAUACUGUCUGAGCCAUGUAGCUGGCGAUGCUGAUGAGUGCAGUGUGUGUGCUGGAACAGGAAAAUGCCGCUUGUACCAAACUUAACAUACAUUUCACAUCUGAAAACUAGAAAGAAGAUUUUUUUUUUUUUUGUUUUAAGAGAAAGUUGUAUUUGUCAUCGAUACCAUCAUAUUACUGUCAAACUAGAUGAUUGUUCACAUUUAGAAUGCUUGCUGUUUUUCAUUUA